CUAGGGGGCUCUGCAGCGCUGGCUUCACUGAACAUACAAACACACACAUCAACAGCCCGGCCUGGACGUUGCAUCCUAACAGAAAGCCCACACAUGUCUCUAUUGUCCGCCGCCGGGUUACCGCACCAGCAGAGGAAGGCACCGGCGCGGAAACGUGACGUCAGCACCGGGGCAGCGAGCAAACGGCAGCUGAAAGGCCAGAGCGCCGACAUGGGGAAAAAACACAAGAAGCACAAAGGGGACAAACACGGAUAUGAGGGGAAGGGGGAGGUACGAGGUGAGCGGGCUGUAUGCUUUAUACAUCACCAUUUAAACUACACUGGGAUUAGAGAGCCUCCUCCGCCUCUUCGUUUAACCCAUUCAAUGCCAGUGGCAUUCCAGCCACAUUGACACCUGGACGUUAAAAUGGCUUAUUGUUUAAAGGGACACUAUGGUCACCAGAACAACUACAGCUUAAUGGAGUUGUUAUGGUGCCUACUGCCUGGCCCUGCAGUUUAUUUAUUUUAUUUUUAUGUAAACACUGCAUUGGGUGCACUUCUUCAUUGUCUUUUGAGGAAUUUGAUUUUAUAUUUCAGGGAUAGGCAACCUUCGGCACGACAGAUGUUUUGGACUACAUCCUCCAUAAUGCUCUUACACCUGGGCAAAGCAUCAUGGAAGGUGUAGUCCAAAACAACUGGAGUGCCGAAGGUUGCCUGUGCCUGUAAUUUCAUCCCUCCAGGGAUUUAAGUAUAGCUAAAGAACUACUGGUAGAUUAGCACUAUCUCUUUAUCACUUCGUAUUAAAGAUUACCCAUAUUGGGUCCUGUUAAUUAUUAUUAUUAUUCAGCAAAUUAUUUUAAAGUGAUAGUAUAUGCAUGUACACUACAAAACUCUGUAGUAAUUGCGGUGCUAGGAGUCCCCCGGCGCCUUACUCUGGUAAGUAGUGAAACUGUUUUGUGAACGGCUGGUUUGACAGUUACUUUGGUACACUGGAGUCCAGCCUCCAUAUCUGAAAUGUCUAUAGCAUAUAUUCUUAAUUCGGGUUGGAUUUUAUACAUUGAGGAUUGAUAGGUGGGAGAAAGAUCAGUUGGGUUUUGUUUUUUUUUAAUUUUUUUUCUCAGCUCUAUACAUUUGCUAGCAAUUCUGCUGGCACAAUGUAUAAGUGAAAUUGAGUGCUGUAUAAAAUUAGUAUAACCUAUUUGAACCUUGAUAGGUACUUUUUACGUUAUACAGUUCUGUUCCCUCUAUACAUUAAAGCGGCUCUGUCACCUUCUGGGGUGUUUAUAUAUUACAUAAAGAUGUAUUAUUUACGAAAUGCUAAUAUUGAGUAGGACAGAGUUGCUUUAAAGGACCACUAUAGUGCCAGGAAAACAUACUCGUUUUCAUGGCUCUAUAGGGUCCUUGGAUCCCCCUCCUGCCUGGCUCUAGGGGGAGGAAGGGUUUAAUCCCUUAACAUUUUUCCCAUUUCCGGGUAUUCUCAAUGCUUUCCUAUGGACGCUAGCGUCUUAUUACUGUGAAAAUCAGACACUAGAGGCUGGAUUAACCCAUUUGUAAACAUAGCAGUUUCUCUGAAACUAUGUUUACAGCAGAAAGGGUUAAUCUUAGAGGGACUUGGCACCCAGACCACUUCACUAAGCUGAAGUGGUCUGGGUGCCUAUAGUGGUCCUUUAAGAACUGAAUUUAAAGGGACACUAUAGUCACCCAGACCACUUCAGCUCAAUGAAGUGGUCUGGGUGUCAGGUCCCUCAGGUUUUAACCCUUCAGAUGUAAAUAUAGCAGUUUUAGAGAAACUGCUAUGUUUACAUAGCAGGGUUAAUCCAACCUCUAGUGGCUGUCUUCCUGACAGCUGCUAGAGGCGCAUCUGCGACGCUGGAUGCGAAAUUCGCAUCCAGCGUGCAGAACGUCCAUAGGAAAGCUUUGAGAAAUGCUUUCCUAUGGCCUGUUUGAAUGCGCGCUCGGCACUUGCCGCACAUGUGCAUUCCGCUCCACUCGGGAGCUGACGUCGGCAGGGCAGGGGAGAAGAGGUCUCCAGCGCCGAAGGAGCCCGGCGCUGGAUUAAGGUAAGCUGCUGAACAGGUUUUAACCCCUUCAGCGCCAAGGGGGGGGGGACGACACCCUGAAUGUGGGGGCACCCUUAGGGCACUUUAAUGUCAGGAAAACGGGUUUGUUUUCCUGACACUAUAGUGAUACUUUAAGGCAUAAUUGGAUUUUAACAUAGUGAUACUUCUUAAAGUUGACACAAUUUUUUAUAUAUUAUUUAUGUAUCUAAAUAAUGCAAUUAAAGGGUUAAUACAAGAACCAUGACCACUUCAGUGAUUUAAAGCAGUCAUGGUGUUUGGAGUUUGUAUGUUUUGCAUUACACCAAGAAAAUGCUUGAGAGUUCUGGACUGGCUAAUGUGGAAUCUGUACAUAUUUGGCAUUGGUUGUCAACACUCACGACUAAUGGCUACACUGCCCCCUCCCUCUCUGAGCUGUUCAAUCCUUCCCUGAUAGAUCUCUAAAUAUAAAUAACCGGGACAGUCAACCGGUGAUAUGCUGAGUGUGGCACCUGGGGAUGCAUUGUAAGUCUUAGGCCAUUCGCAUACUGUUUAACAUUUAAAGGGACCCUCCACUACCCAAAUAUUGAAGAUAUUUGCCAUACAAACAGAAACCCGAGACCAGUAGCAAGUGGGCCACGCAGCACAAAAGGGUCGGUAAUGUACUAGACACAAUGUAAGACUGCAAGAUGUCACAGACCUGCAACCUACUUGAAGUUGAAAUACCGAUUGUGUACUGUCAUGUGAUAUGUGGCUUUUUUCCUUUCUGUAAACUAAAAAUCCUUUUAAAAUAAAGAAUUCAAAUGUGUAUUCCUAACACUUUAGUGUUAACCUACCUAUUUAAGUGUCUGUGAGGGUUUAGAUGGUAAUUUAUACUUAAUUUUACUCCCUCACUACAGUAGUUUGUUGGAUGCAUGCCCCACCUCCCUGGCUCAGAUCAUCAAGAUUGAUGACCUCAGCCAAUCCAAUGCUUUCCCUUUGGCAAGCAGUGUGAGACUAGUGCAGAUGUGCAAGAAAACGUAGUACUGGGCCAUUCAAACAGACUGACUCGCUUAUUAAGUGUUAGCACAUAUAUAUAUAUAUAUAUAAUGUGUGUGUGUGUGUGGUCUUGAUGCUACAGCAAGCUUUAGUCACUGUAGUUAUAAUGCAGACAGAGUGAAGUCAAAGACCAGGAAUUUGUUGCAUCAUAACAGAGGAAGGGUAUAUGUUAUGGUGUUUGGAGUGUCCCUUUUAAAAUUUUGUAUAUUUUUUUUUUUUUUUUUUUGUAAUUUACAGUCUGUAAAUAUUAAAACAGAUAAAAUAUUAUCAUGAUUUUAUGAAUAAAAUGGUUGUGUGUGUGUGAGAGGUUUGGUCAGCAACAUAACUAUAAUUAUUUACAUUUCAAAAAGAAAGCUCACAUAUCUUUCUUUCCCAUUUCUUAGCCCUAUGUAAGUUUUCUUUCUUCUUCAUUCAUAGUUUUAUGCCUGAGACUAUAUGUCGAUCUAACCUAAAUGUUUUAAUUCAAUGCUUUCAGACUAUGUGGAAAAACCCUUAAAACUGGUUCUGAAAGUGGGCACUGGAGAGGUAAAGGAACUAUCCACAGCUUGUGCUACUACUCUGCCUCAAAGUUUUCAUGAUGAGAAGUCUGAUCAUGAUAAACACAAGCAUAAAGACAAGAAAAAGAAAAAAAAGAAAGGAGAGAAAGUUGAAUCUCAAAAUGAGGAAAAGAAGAAGAAAAAGGUACUGUUGACGCAUUAUGUUAUUGAAAAGUAUGGUUUACUUUGGGUGGAAUACAUCAAUAUAUUCCUGCAUAUUUUUAAAGGGACACUUUAAGCACCUUAACCAGUAAUCUGUCAGCCUGUUUAAAGGAACGCUAUAACGUUGGCAAUACAGGUUUGUAUUCCUAAAGCUUUAGUCCCCUAGUCUCUAUUUAGUUAAGAGAGUCCCAACCAACUGAAACAAAAAAGUAACACAUAUACAUUGAACAGGACAAUAGCCAUUACCAUAUGAAAAAACAUGUAAAUAGUUAACUACUGCAUUUCGAGGUAUUCGUUUUCUUAAUCAUAAAAUAUUUUUACAUUUCUCAUCAAAGCCACCAAUAGUUUGUUUUUAAAGUGCUUUCCUUGCACAAUAGUUAGGUGACUUAUUCAAAUUAAACUAUUAAUGUGAACCUAUCAUAACAGCUUUUAUUUUAAGUGAUCAUAUCCUUAUGUAGUACAUUUUGUCUUAGUGAGAAAUUGUAUACUUGAUUGCUUUAGGAGAUGGUAUCUAAACAUUUACCUCCUCUUCUGCAGUGACAGUGCCGCCACCAUGGAGGGUCUGUGAAUGUUAAACUAAUGUAACACAAUCCUUGCUCCUGACUACUUCCUUUUUAUGUGAUUGGGGAAUGUUCUAAGCAGAGUAAAUCAGGCUGCACCAACCCCUGAUGCUAACAUGUUGGCUUUAGUGCCUCCCCUCCUCCACCUUACAGCUGUCAUGCAAGAUCUAUGUGUAUUAUAUUGUAGCACUCACUCUCUGCUCCUGUCUACCUAACACCCCCUUCCUACACAAUAAGCUCUGCUUGGAAACUACUCCAAACAGGUUGCCCCCCCAUGAUACUGACUUCAUUUUUUAGCACAUUAGUGUUGUAAUGUUUGUCAUAGAUGGCUAUUGAUUGAUAGGGACUAGACUAUAUCCUCAGUGAUUUAUUACAUAAUGUAUAUAUUUGAUAAAAAUUCUGCUAACGCAGUGUUUAAUAGUUUUUAUUUUUUUUUGGCUCUAGGAUGAGAAGAAGAAAAAAGAUAAAAAGCAUGGAAGUGCUGCUGAUAAAGAUCAUAAGAACCACUCUCCCCUGACACCAGAUCUACCAGCAGUAUGUGUUCCAGAAAACUCUCUGUUAAAACCAGAAGGUAAGGCUAUGCCAGAAGGAAAGAUAUUUGAAUGGCUUUGCCAGCCUAGAGCUUCCCAUUUUGGUCUGUGAAGUCUGAAUUUUUAGGUCAGGCCUUAGCCGCAGUUCCAAUAAUUAGAACAUUUGAGUGGUACUGCUAAGUAAGUUAGCAGCCCUAGAGCUCUCUCACAGGGAAGGUGAAGACUCAAACAACAUGUGUCUAUGCAGUAUAGAUUUGUACAUGCACAGGGGAAAUUAAGUUUCCUUCUCUAACAUCUGGGGCAAAAUCAGUCACAUGAUUAUGUAGAUAGACCGUACCAGCAUACAAUAGGCAAGCAGUUUCCACCUCCGGUUACCUAAAUUAUGCAAACAUAAUCCACAGCCUUUUCUAUAAUUAUUUUAAUUAUUAUUAUUAUUAUUAUUGUAGUCCCAACAAAUAAUCUGCAACGUUUUGACUCCUUCAGGUGUCCUUCAAGCUUUGGUGAGACCACACUAGCCAAAUGUUAAAUUAUACAGUUCACAUGUUUACUUGAGAAAUAGUGGUAUCAGAAACCCAUAGUGUAUUUAGAGCUAAUCAACUUCAUGGAGCAUACAAGGCAUAAACACCUUCACCAGAAAAAAAAAAAGAAAUCGUAAAGUUAACAAAAUCCAAUAAAUAACCCUUGUCUGUUUGUGUGAUUAAGUGCAGUAAGUUAAGAUGACGUAUUGCAUCCCUACCCCUUUAAUAGGACUGUAUCAUUAUAACCAUCAUUGCGACACUGCCUAGUUGGUCUCAUUCAAAACUCAAGGUUUUUUUGGGGGGGUGGGAGGGAGUUUGCAUUAUAUUUUUUUUAAUGUAAUUAGGGGUGUGUUUUUUUUUUUUUUAUAUACACAAUUUAUCCUUUACUAUUAUUGCUUAGUAUAUUUUUUGCUGGUUAUACAAUCUUUAGUUUAAAAUGAUGGUUAUACUGGAUAUUGUUUAGUCCUAUUAGGAUGCAAUUAUGUAAUGAUUCCCCUGCACUCACUGCAGUUCAUCAUAGUUACAUAGCUGAAAAGAGACUUGUGUCCAUCAAGUUCAGCCUUCCUCACAUUUGUUUUUUGCUGUUGAUCCAAAAGAUCAUACAUAUAGUGCCUUUGAUUUGAACUCGAUAAUGGAAAUAUUCUAGUUGUCCUUCCCUUAACGACCUAUGACAGAAUAUUUGUGUCCCUGCUUGUAAAAGGAAACCUCAGAUAUCAUUAGAUAGCUGGGACUUCCCUUUAUCAGCGGGCCCCCAGACUGACUGAUGUUUUGUUUGCUGCAUUCAUAGUGAGCUCUGCAAACUGUCAUUUGUAUGGGGUUUUAAAUUUCUAUUGCUACAAUGGACACAUCAGGGAGUCCAAUGUAUCAAUAGACUCUUGGGGCUCCGCUCUGUAUUUUUUAGUAAGCCCCAGAAUUUUAAUGAGCUAUAUGCCGCUCUGAGAACACUGCAGCUGAGCAAUCAAGUUUAACCUCUGUGGUUCUUUGAGUGUAACUGGUGUUUUGGGAGACCCCCUGGAUUGUCUCACUCCAUGCCCCAAUACUAUUUUGAUCAGUGCCAGGCUUUUCUAGUUGCCCAACACAGAUCACAAUACAUUGAAAUUGCUAUUUUGAGUAUAACACAUCUGCUUGUAAUACUGAAAAUAGCCAGUAGAUGGCAGCAAUAUAUCACUCUGUUUUAUUUCAGUAUUUGCUAAUAAAAGUGUGAUAUUAUCAGAGGAUACCACUUUGGUUUAAUAUUGGAUUAUGUUUAGGCUUAGGCUUGGGCUUCAGAAUAGGGUUCUGGUUAGGAGCCAAAAUCAGCAGAUUGACUGCUACAUAUUUUGCUACUCUAUUCACUGAGAAGAUUUCCACGAUCAGGGAAGAGAUCUCUAAGCUCUCCCCUACCCUGACCAAUACUUCCCCCAACCACACUCCCUCCUUUUGUCUAUGCUCACUCGCAACUGCUACACCAGAAGAGGUUUCUGCCUCGGUUCUCCUACCUCAACACCUGUUCCUUCGAUCCUAUUCACUCAUAUCUUUUUAACACUCUUCCUUCUCCUGUUCUGCUCUUACUAAAAUAUGUCAGAGGACAGGGAGAGAUUGAAUGAGCUCAAACAUACAACCAUGAUCCGGAUUGUUUAAAAAAAACUUUGACCCCAACUCCCAUCCAACUACCACUCUAUCUCACUACUACCAUCCAAGAUCCUUGAGAGAGUUGUGUAUGCAAGAUUGAAUGACUACCGAUGAUUUAUUGCUGCUAAAUCCAGUUUCUUCUAUAAAAUCCUAUUUUCUCCUAAUAAACCUUGAGUUUUCUGCUGCUUCCCCCACCGUUGAUCACCAACCACUUUCCUUAUCCUUCAUAAUCUCGGUCUGAGACCCUACUUUCUCCUGUUUCUUCUCCUAUCUCUCCCAGUAGUUCUACUCUGCCUUCUCUGCAAAUCCUCUUUGUCAGUGUUACCCAUUGUGCUGUCCUAGGUCCCUUACUGUUUUAAAUCUUUACUGCCUCCCUUAGUAAACUCAUCCGCUUCUUUGGCUUCUAAUAUCACUUCUAUCUAUGCAGGCAACACACAAAUCUUUCCUGUCUUUAUCUCACCGUUUCUCUUGAUUUGUGUCUCUGACAACCUUUCUGCUAUUUCUAACUGGAUGGCUGCUAACUUCCUUAAUGUAGUGGUUCUGCUAUCUAUAGCACGCCUUAACCCUGUAAAAACUGACUUUUCAGAGAAAAGUCUGUUUCCAUUUCUGCCUAGUAACAACUCUAGUGGCAGUCACUCUGACUGCCACCAGAGGUGCUUCCAAAUUCAGUGCUGCACUGUGUGCACCACCUAUUUUCAACCUCCCCAUUCUUUGCAUGGGGAUGCUGAACACUCUCCAUAGUGAUGCACUGGAUAAGGAUCGUGAGGAUUAUAUUUGAUAAGGACAUGCUGAUUGUAUGCGCAAUACCCUCCCAAUGCUUUCCUAUGAGAGAGCAUUGUAUUCGCUGAGGUCAUCAAGAUGGAUGAUCUCAGCCAUGGAGUCAGGGUGUUCUUUGAUGCAAACCUCUCCUUCACCUUUCAUGUCCAGUCAUUUUCCAAAUCCUGCUACUCCCAUUACAAAACAUCCAAUUAGUACAUGGACAACCAGGGACUGUAUAAUCUGAGUAAUUAAACCUAUUUUAUGCUAGUUUCUCUGUUACAUGCACCACUAUUUAAUGCCAAAUGCAGCUAAGGUGCUGGUCAAUGCCAUUAUCCUCUCUCACAUAGACUACUGCAAUCCGCUUCUCAGUGGUGUUGUACUUUCCCAGCUUGCCCUGUUAGUCUAUAUUGAAUGUGGCGAGGUUCACUAUCCUGUCAACCCAUGCCUUCCCCCCUCUGUCAGUCCCAGCACUGGCUUCCUAAAAGAUAUAGGGCUUAAUUAAAAAUUCUGGUACUUGUUUACACAUCUCUACAUAACUUGGCUCCUACCUACCUACCUAUCCUCACUAAUACACAUGUAUGUCCAACCCACGGCCCCUAAGCUCUGCUGAAGAUCUGUGUCAGUCCUUUGUUCAUACUCACACCUCUGACACCCACUUUCAAGACUUCUCUAGGGCUGAACUGUUCCUAUGGAACUCCCUUCCCUGCUCUGUUAGACUCUCACCAAGUCUCUGUUCCUUCAAAAAAUAAUAGAAAAUUCACUUCUUUAGAAAAACAUAUCAAUUAGACUGGUAAUAAUAAUAGCAUUCCCUACCUACCCUUUGGUAACCCACCUUGCUUCCUCUCCUGCAUUUGUGUCAUCCAAAAAAAACUACCUUCAUUCUAAACUAUUCUAGCAAUAUACUCUUCCCGUAUAUGAAAUAUAUCUUACCCUUUGUUUAACUUUCCCCCACUCCCUCUAAAAUAUAAGCUCAUUUGAGCAGGGCCUUCAACACCCUCUGUUCCUGUGCAUCCAACUCGUCUUGCUACAGAUACUUGUCUAUUAGUCCACCCAUUGUACAGAACUGCGGAAUUUGUUGGCACUUUGUAAAUACUAAUGAUUGUGCUUACAUUUGGGAUUUGAAUUAGGUUUAGAAUUAGGGUUUGGUUUAGGGAUACAAUUAAAGGGACACUAUAGUCACCAGAGGUGCUUCCAAGUUCAGUGCCACACUGCGUGCAGCAUAUACGUUUAACGUCUCCGCGCUUUGCAUGAAGACGCUGAACGCUCCCCAUAGAGAUGCAUUGGAUGUAACCAAGCACAAUUUAGUGAUUUCUUCUUUUUUAUUAAAGUAUUGCAUAUCAAGUUUACAAAAUAAACUGCUAAAUUGCAUCUUGCAUGCAAAAAUAAAAUAAUACCAUAAACAUUGCUGCUAAAAAGACUGUAUAACAAUGCUUAAAAUGUACCAUAUUACAUACCCCUUUUCACAAAUGAUAUGAAUUUAUGGGAUGAUUUGAAUUGUAAAACUGCUACAAUACACCAAAAUGUGAAACUGGUCCAUCAAAUAAAUUUAUAAACAUUGUAUUUAUAAAAACUAAAAUAAUCAGAUCUCUUACAUGGCACUGUAACUAUGUAGUCUAUCAAUUUACUGAAAUGUUGCUAAGCAGUUAAUUUCCAGUGUAUCUUUAUGAGCCAUAAUAAAAUCGAUAAGCGAUACCUCCCAAUCAGUUAAUAUGUAAAGGAGAUUUAACAAUGACAGAAAAGGAAGCAUUUAUAAUCGGAGACAAAAUGGUGGAGGCUUAUACUUGCAAAGAUUUUUACAAAUCCCUUCUGUUUAAAGGAAGUAUGUACUAAAGGAGACAAGGGAAUUGCUUGCACCAUAACUUAUUACACAAUGAGCAGAAGUUGUUAUGGUGCUUGGCAUGUUCAUUUAAUCAUGAUACGUUUCUCAAAUAUUUAGCCUUCACAUAUAGCAGAAGUCUAUUUUUCGCAAAAUGAAGCCUUACUGAACUGACAUUCUUUUGUGGGUGCUGUGAUUUAAACAAAAUAAAUCUUGUUUAGAUGGGACCUAAUUAGCCUGUCAAACCAAUGCUACAAAAUAGAUGUUAUAGUAUUUGUAACUAGGCAUUUAUGUUCUUAUAUUUUAAUAGAAGAACAGACUCCACUUCAAGAAGCAUUGAAUCAGUUAGUGAGGCAGCUCCAGAGGUAAGUGCAACAAAAUUAAAGAGCAUUGCUUGUCAGUGGUGUGCAGGAAUCACUGUUAUUCACGAGGUGCUAAGCAAAGGAUUAGACAGAAGUUGUAAAUAUAAUGAUGCCCAUGAGCUGUUGUUGUCCAUUAGAAGUCAGGACAUACUUUUUCUCGUGACAGUUAUUACUGCAAUUUUCAUUUGUUCGGUUUUUUUAUUAUACUCCUAUAUGGCAGAGAAUUGAACAAUAAGAUUGCAAGGGCAUGAUCUACACACAAGACCAUUUCAUUAAGCUAAAGUUGUUUUGGUGCUCAGUGUGUCCCUGUAAUUAAUUACAUGUAUUUAACAAAAAAAAAAGUACAAAAGACAUGGUGCCAUUAUUAGCAAUUUGUAGCAGAGAAACGUUCAUAAAAGAGGUUUGUUUUCUCAAAGUGCAUGGUCCCAGCUUCUCCUUGUUCUAGUGCAGUGUUCUCCAAACUCUGGCCCUCUAGAUGCAACUGGAUUACAACUCCCAUGAUUCUUUGAAUGAAAUACCCAGAGAAUUGUGAGCGUUGUAGUUCAGCAACAUCUGGAGGGCACGAGUUUGGAGAACGCUGCUUUAGUGGGAUGUAAUGAUAGCAGGAUACUCUACCCAGCUUGCCUCUGACAUUUGAGAGCAAAUAUUUUAUAAUUUUUGCUAAAGAUUUAAUUUUCAUAAAUGCUGUAGGGAUGAGUUGAGAUUAGUGAUCUAUCAUUGCCUGUUAAUAAUGUGAAGCCCUGUUUCAGUUUGCGUAGUUUUCAGUACUAUCUCACAUAUUAAAUUAAACCCAAUAUCUAUUUUCUGGAUAACCACCACACAUGCAGGAACUCUGUGUAAAUGCUGCACUGUAGGUCUACAGAUGAGGUGAAGCCAGCAUUUUACUAGUGAUUUUGUUGUUUGUGGUUUUAUAUUUACAGAAAGGAUUCCAGUGCCUUCUUUUCCUUCCCUGUCACAGACUUUAUUGCUCCUGGUUAUUCCAUGAUUAUUAAAAAUCCAAUGGAUUUCAGCACGAUGAAAGAGAAGAUAAGGAAUAAUGAAUAUGAAUCAAUAGAAGAACUAAAGGUAAUCAGAGCAACCUCCCACACUCUUUAUGGUACUAGAUGACGUUGGGAAGACUAAAGCAGAGUGAUGCCUUCACAUCUAGAGGUGACAUUGCAUUUAGGCUCGCACGCUUUAAAUCUUUCAUUAAUCAAAUGGAUUAUUUAAAACAAAUGCUUGGAAAUAAACGGCUAACUUGGGCUAAUGGGAGGUUAUGCUGAUAAAUAUAGGAGCUACCAUCUGCCACAUUGAACUGUUCGUUUAUAAAGGAAACUCUUGCACCGUGCAACCCUUAAUUCUAUCUGAUUCACAAUCGGAACUAAACAUACUUAGCCAGUAUAAAACAAGACAUUGUGCACACAAACCUAACUGCCCUAUGUUGAGUUUAGUGGUGCAAAUCUAUUAUUAACCAUUGCAACUUUAUUUAUAGUGCUCAGAAUUCUAACUCACUGUGAUUUUUUUUUUUUUUUUUUUUUCCUGAUGUAGGAGAACUUCAAGCUAAUAUGUCACAAUGCUAUGAUUUAUAACAAGCCUGGUACAAUUUAUCACAAGGCUGCCAAGAAGCUUCUAAACUCCGGCAUGAAAAUUCUCAGCCAGGUAAAAUAACUUAAAUCCUUCUGUUUUCAGUAGCUAGCCAUGUAAAAGCACAAAUGCAGGCCCUAUUUCAAGAGUAUAAAUCAGGAUAGAGUUGUAUGAAUGAAAAAUCUAUGUAGAUUGUUGUGUAAAGUGCUCUUUACAAUAAGAAAAAAAAAAAAAGUUGAUAUGGAUACUCCGUUUAUCUUCACCAUGCACAAUAAAAUAUUUUCCAUUAAUUCUCUUACACUCAGGAGAUGUACAGCAAGGAGAUACAUUCUAUAAGAGCAAAUAACUAAAAUGUUCUCAUAUAACUUGUAGGGAUAUUUAUCGAAAGGUUGCAGAAUAAUCUGUUUGUUUUGUUUGUUUGUUUUUUUAAACUCCAUGUUGAAUUUUCAGUUCUGAAAAUAUUUUUCGCUACUUUUUUUUUUUUUUUACUUUGUGCCUUUUAUACACAUGGCUAUUCACCAAAGUGACAAUUUCAUGAACUCAAGGUAAAUUAAAGGUAACUAAAAGGUCAAAUUAGAAAUAUAGCUGAGAAUGUUUUCUGCGUGGCCUUUCAUUUUGAAAUUCACUUUGAAUUUCCAACAAUUCUCACUUUUAUGUUGCAUUGUUUUUUAAAUUUUAUUUUUUUAUAUAUAUAACAGGUUUUUUUUUACUACACAUGUAUUAAGCUUUACUUUUCUGGUGUACUUACACCAUUUUUAUUUUGGCAUAGAAAGCCCGGCAGGUUAUGUGCACUUUUUUUGCACAGUAUUCUCAGUGGUACAUAAUUGUGGAAUUGAAAAUGACCGGAUAGACAAAUGGAAGGACUUUUUCAGAUCCUGUUUAUAGCACUUUGAUAUAGGGUUUAACAUCCUAAAAGUGCACUUUUCAGAACACUUUGAUAAAGCUUCCUUCAUUUUUUCACUAUGUUUUUCACCCAGCUGGACCAAUAUUGUGUUUUUUUUCCAGUAGUGUUUACUUUGUGUUCUCUUCAGGAAAGAAUUCACAGUCUUAAACAGAGCAUUGAAUUCAUGGCUGAUCUUCACAGCGAUGGCAAGGAUAAAGAAAAAGGUGAUGCACAAGGUAAUGGAGAUAGGACAGAAGAUCAAAUGAAGGACGAAUCGAUGGAUACAUCUGAUGUUACAGCUUUCAAAAGCCCAAUCAAGGACUUAAAACGGUACCUACACACUAAAAUUUCAAUUCCAAGCUUCAAGUACGGAGAUAUUUUACAGCAAAGUAUAUAUCUAUAUUUAUAAUACAUUUUUUGGAGAAGUCCAUAAUUAAAGUUAUGUGAAUGCUUAAACAUCAAAAGCAGAAUAACAAUUUAUUUUCCUCUAUUAAACCUUGUAAUCCAGAGUUUCUGUGAGUUAGUAACUCAAACAAUCUAGGCAUUUCUGUGUUUUUGGGUUGUCGUCCCCCAAUCUAGAUUACUAUGUAACUAUGUACCUACUAUUUACAGAAAAGAUAAAGACCAGCUGGAUGAUAAACAAAAACUUACAGAAGCUGCAGCAGAAAAGGAACAGGAACUGAUUGAGCAGAUAAUUAAAGAAUCACUGGGCAAGUUAACAAAGAGAGUCAUAAACAGCCAGGUAAUACCCAGACACUUGUAUGCAAAUAUCUAUUUUAAUUUCAGAAAGAAAAAGUUGUAGAUUUAAAGGGACACUCCACUGCCCAAAUGCAAAUUAAAAAAAUCAGUUUAGUAGAUAUACCCCAAAUGGAAACUUGCAUGCAUUUAAUUAUGCAAUUUUUUUUUUUUUUACUGGAGGUAUAUCUAAAAACAGUUUGCAAACGCUGCAGUUCUCUUGUCUGCUGCAUUUGCAAGCUCUCCCCUUCUAACCCCGCCCAGACUUUCUGUGGCUGUCCAAUCACAGACAUCCCAAUGCAGCUCAAUGAGAAGUCUUGCAAGGCAGGUGCUCUUAGCAAUUGCUGCCUUUUGAGUUCAGUGCAAAUAAGCUAACCAAACCCGGAAGUAACAGGACCUGUCAUCUGCUUCAAGGCCAGGUGGGAUGCAACCAGGUAAAUUUAUAAAUGUCUAUUUCUCUGUACUUUUUGCAGAAUGAAAAAAUAGAUGACACACUCUUCACUCAAAACUUUUCAGCAAUCUAAAGUGUUUAAGGGAUCUAGAGUUAUAUAUGAUAUUUAUGGUGACAGCAUAAAAUCAUUUUAAAUUAGACACUCACAAAUACAUUAGUACAGCAACUACACAAAGAUAUUGAAAAUCGAAACAUGUGCUAGACAUUAAAAAUUAGAUUUGGGAACUCCAUUCCAUUGAUUGAGGACCUAUUCCUUAAUAUUUGGGCUUGAAAAUUUUGAAUGCUAAAGGCUGUCAAUAAAUGUUUGUUUGUUUGUUCAACUGUCUAACCGCUGGCGGCAUUAGCCUGCGGGCAUAUAGUUAAACCUCAAAGUGCUCUGUGCAAUUAAAAGCGUUUAUAAUAUAAUCAAUGGAACAAUCUAUUAUGGAGCAGUUACAUGCUAGUACCCUAAGACUUAGCACACUUACAUGCAAAAAACAAGAGGUAAACCGUGAUAUAAACAGUGGAGUGCUGAAUUUAUAUUACACUUAAACAAUAAUGGAGCAACUAGCUCUUAACAGGGUAUACUAGAGAAGAUAAAGAUCUGUACAAUAGGAUAAUAAGUCUAAAAUAAAGGAUAAGGCAUGGUGUGUAAUGUAUGCAAUGACAUGGAGCAGAACUGUAUACCAGCAUGUUCUGUAUUGUGUUAGCAAAGUAUAUGUGGCAAAACCCCAGCUUGGCAUAUGGAGGCUGAACAGUAAGCAGACCUUGCACUGAAUAUAGUAGAGGCCCUGGUAUUGCCAUAAUUGACCAAUGCUGGUGUGAUUUAAGUCUAUCCCUGUUGGGCUCUGCUCCAUGUCAGUGCAUUCAUUACACAUCACACUAUAUCCUUUUAUUUUGGACUAUGUACACUAUUGUACAUAUCUUUAUCUUAUCUAGUAUACCCUGUUAAGAUCUGUAUUGCUCACUUAUUGUUUAAGGUUAAGUCAUUUAAAUUUAUCGCUCCACUAUGUUUGUACAAAUAUGGGGCAAAUUUUGACCCUCAUGGGAUUUAUUAGUAUCCCCAUGCCCUACUCGUCAUGGCGCAAGUGUAAGCAUAUCGACUCACUGCUUGAACUUCCAAUGCAGUCUUCAUUAAAAUAUUUCAUAUAAAGCAUAUAUUUUUAUAAAAAAGUGAAAAGUGACAAAUCCAAUUAAAGGUUGGAAUUGGUAUUACUAUUACAAAAUUAUGAAAAUAAUCUUACAUUGAUUCACAAUAAAAUAAGAAUCUCGCAGCUUUCUUCCUGAUACCCAAUAUAUACACUAAUGUUGUUUGGUUUUUUUCAUCUCAAAUAGGAAACAGACAUUUUGAAAUUGAUCACAAUAUAUCUGCCUUCCACAUCUGUUAAUAGAUGCUUUUUGUUUUAAUUGCUUAACAUUAACAUUUCCUUAAUCUUACUUCUACCCUAUGCCUAUUGCGUUAUUCUUUCCUGUGCAGAUGUCCGGCCAUGAUGAAUUCAGUGGAAAUUAUAUCUGACAUUUGCUUGGUUAGUUUGCCAAAGCUAAGUCCCCACUGACUUUAAUAAUAUAAUGAAAUAUCGAAUGAUAGACAACCACAGUGAAUAGAUUCUCGUGUGUAAGAUGUGCCUUUAAAAACAUUUUAUUCCUUGCAGGUAGAGUUUGAUAGAAGGAAGACAGAUGGGACUACAACACUUGCUUUGCUUAAUCCUGUGGAUGCAUUUAUUGGAGGUAUGCAAUAUCUGUACUGGAUAUAAAGCUUUUCUUAUGUUAAUGGGUUUAAAUAUGUGAAUGAUAAGAAACGUGUAAUAUAAACAUCUUUAGAAAUGCAUAGAUUAUAUCUUCUUGUGCAAUGUUUUUAAAUGUAGAUAUAAGUCUAAAACUUUGGGUGUAUGUCUCGGUUGUCAGGAUUUUCCGUUCUCACAAGUGAAAAUGAAAGCACGCUAUUAUAACCAAGUGCUAACAACCAUUCUAAAAAAAGAAAAUCAUAUUAAAAGAAUGUGCCAUUUAAAGUUUGACAAUAUAAAUAAUUUCAUCAUACUUACCUUGUAUUGAUGCUGCUAUGGAUAUAUCCAGGAAAAGAAAAUCCUGGUAAUACCCACAAAAGAGUAAGAGAGGGAAUUAAGCACAAAAUAAAUCCAAAGAGACUCUGAAAUGAAAAUGCCAUUAUAAUAAUUUAUUAUAGAAUUAAGAGGCUCAUGACAAAAUAUUUCUCCCAAAUUAAGAUUUUUGGGCACAGACAUCCAAGGCACAAUGCCUAAUGAACAUUUGCUGAUGACCAUGUAGCGUCUCUGAGGUGCUUUCUAUAGGAGGGUUAGUUGCAGCUACAAGGAUAAAGACAAGGAUCUCAUGGAAUGGGCUCUUAGAUCAGAAGGAACUUGAAUGUCUUGAGGAUAAGCUUUGGAUAUAGCCAAGAUAGAGUCCUAACCUCAACAUAUGAGGAAAGGGAUUUAGGGGUGAUUAUUUCUGAUGACUUAAAGGUAGGCAGACAAUGUAAUAGAGCAGCAGGAAAUGCUAGCAGAAUGCUUGGUUGUAUAGGGAGAGGUAUUAGCAGUAGAAAGAGGGAAGUGCUCAUACCAUUAUACAGAACACUGGUGAGACCUCACUUGGAGUAUUGUACACAGUACUGGAGACCGUAUCUUCAGAAGGAUAUUGAUACCUUAGAGAGGGUUCAGAGAAGGGCUACUAAACUGGUUCAUGGAUUGCGGGAUAAAACUUACCAGGAAAGGUUAAAGGAUCUUAACAUGUAUAGCUUGGAGGAAAGACGAGACAGGGGGGAUAUGAUAGAAACAUUUAAAUAUAUAAAGGGAAUCAACACAGUAAAGGAGGAGACUAUAUUUAAAAGAAGAAAAACUACCACAACAAGAGGACAUAGUCUUAAAUUAGAGGGACAAAGGUUUAAAAAUAAUAUCAGGAAAUAUUACUUUACUGAGAGGGUAGUGGAUGCAUGGAAUAGCCUUCCAGCUGAAGUGGUAGAGGUUAACACAGUAAAGGAGUUUAAGCAUGCAUGGGAUAGGCAUAAGGCUAUCCUAACUAUAAGAUAAGGCUAGGGACUAAUGAAAGUUUUUAGAAAAUUGGGCAGACUAGAUGGGCCGAAUGGUUCUUAUCUGCCGUCACAUUCUAUGUUUCUAUGUUUCUAAGAUAAUUCACUGACUCAAAGUAGGUUUAGAUGCAGCAUGGCCCUUGUUUUGUCCUGAAAAAUUAAAGAAAAGCCUUAAUGACUGCCUCCAAUCACCUGUCUUAGAUAAAUAGCAAGGCAUGUGGCGACUGAUUUUCACAGGAGUAGAUCAUGACUGAUAAAAGGCUGGUAAGACAAUCUCUUAAUUUAGAUGAAAGUUAAAGAUGACCUUAGGCCUAACCUCUGGAACUGUGGGAAGAACAGUUUUAUCAGGAUAUAAAACAGUAAAACAUUCUUCUGCGGAUAAGGCGUAAAUCUCUAAAAUUCACCAGGUAAUGGCCACCAAAAAAAGACACUUGAGGGUAAGAAGAAGGUCAUCCUGCAAGGGUUCAAAGGUGUUUAUAAACCAUGGUAUCCACAGCCUACCUAAAUCCACUUGGGUUAAUAAAGCAGAGACCUGAACAUGAAGGGAUCUUAAACUGAGUCAUCUGUCCACACCUCCUUGAAGAAAUUCCAACUGGAACUCCGACUGAAAUGUAAUAGAGACUUCUUUAUUGGUAGUCCAGUCUACAAAAGACAUAGAUAUCCCUCUUGAUUGCAUCAGUGUAUGUCUAUUACUGAUUCUGAAAAUCGGGGUCCUCCGCUCAGUCUCCAUGCCAUCAUAUGUAGUUUGGAAGAUGACGGAUGAGAUUGUGGUCCUUGUGUUGGCAAUUUCAGCAUCCAGGGAAUCUUCCGUGGAGUUUCCGUUACUAGAGACCUGAGGAAGGGGAAACAGGGUUUGCGAGUCCAAUACAGGAUGACUACUAUCACCUGAAGCAGUUUCAGUGUAUUCCAGAUUAGCUGGAAUGGAGGAAAUAAAUAGGCCAGGUUGGAGGACCAAGGGUUGUACAUAAAUGGCCUAAGCGAUGAAAAACAGCACUCAAAAAAGUGAACAGCACUAAACCAUUAUUUACAAUGUGCAGCAAAUAAUUAUAAAAGUGAUAAAACCAGCAGCAAUCAAAUAGAAACUGUACAAACCAGCAGCAACCAACCAACCCUGGCUCUGUGUGUGAAAGGCUCCUAUGGCUCCACUGGAGCCUGGCGUAGAUCUUUAAAUACCUAUACAUUUCAUGGAACCUACUUAACUGUAGCUUGGGAUAGGAUUUAGAGGGAGACCAAAAAUAUGUUGCCACUGAUGCCUAUUUAAUUAGUCAUCCAUGUGAAAGUUAUACUCGCUGUCACAAGUCUCAUAUGUAGGCCUAAACAAUGAGCACUAGUUGAAUCCUAUGGAGCCUUUCCCACCCAGAGCCAGGUUUGAUUAGGCUCUGUGAAAUGUGAGUGUAAACUCUCAAUAUUUUAAAAUAAGUGUUCACAACUGUAAACUUGAUAUCAGGCAAUUUUCUGUGCUUACAAUAAUACCUCUACCCAUAGGAUAAACGUUGAUUUUUGUAGGUAUCCUGUAACUAAGGAUAAACCUAUCUCCCAGGGUCGUUUCCUAAAUGGGGAUACAUACAGGGAGCUCUAGGGAAGUGCUAUAUAAAAAUUUAGCCAAGGCAAUAUAAAAUAAAUAGUAAUUACCUCAAAAACAUGUCCGUAGCCAAGAGGACAAAAAAGACUGGAGCUAUAGGAAAGAUUAUGACCUAUUUAUAAUUAAUUUCCUGUCCUAAGUGGGCAGAGCUAACCCUGUAGUGAUGCCAUGGUUUAGCCAGUAAUAUAUUUUUAAUGCAUUGAAAAUCUAUUGUAAAAAACAAAGUUAAAGAAGUUACCUUUCAAAGUGUGGUGUACCGCACAGUAUGUUUAAUAUCUAAAAUUCACUUUUUUUCAUUAGAUUCUGGACAAGGCUCUCUUGCAUCCACAGCAGGCCGUCUGCAAUCAGGAGUUAAUUCACUGCAAGGAUUCAAAGAAGAUAAGCGUAACAAGGUAACUCCAGGUAAAUGAGAGAUUCAUUUUUUUGCACCAUUUAGGAAUGUCUUCUCUAUUUCAGGUAAAAUGGUGUAAUGAUUGUUUGGAAUUUUUUUUUUUUUUUUUUUUUUACAAAUGACUGUUAUGAAUCAAAUGUAUAUGUUGUAAUAUAUAAAUUAGUAAUCAUACUAUACUCCAAGUUAAAAGCUAUUAAAGGCACACUCCAGACCCAUAGAGCACUUCAGCUUACAGAUGUGCGUUGUGUGAAGAGUCUUUUUGUUAAAAAAAAGUGCAGAUUUUAGUAAACAUUUGCAUUUAUCACAUAACAUUGUUACACCCACUGAGUGUAAAUCAGACAAUCAGUCCUGAUACUUCUUAGUUGUUUAGCUCAUUAGAGCUAAAAUCAAGAGACAAGCAAUUACUCAGAGCACCUGGCUUGCAAAGACUUCUUAUUAAGCUGCAUUGGGAAGUCUUUGAUUGGACAGCCACAGAAAGUCUGGGCAGGUUUAGUUAUCUACUAAAACGUUCGUUUGACCAUUGUUUAGUCCACUGUCCCAAAAAAAUCCCCAGGAUUAAACAAUGGUUUCUUUGGCUAGUUCUUAAUGCAAUAGCAGGCUUGGUCAUCUGGCAUCAUCAGGUUGGAAAUAAUCAUUUUUACUAGUUGCCACAUAAGUGAUUAGCCUGUUUGUAACAUUAUGUGAACAACUCAUUUCAGCAGAAAUGGAAGGUGUGUGCGAGGUAGUUUUUACUGCAGUUAGUGCAUUGUAUUAUAGAAGGACAUUGUGAUCCACAGGCCUAUAUGUUCUGUAAUUAUGGUGCUGGCUCUCGGCAGCCCAUCAUAAGCCACCGGAGUCUGGCGUAGAUCUUUAAAUACCUAUACAUUUCAUGGAACCUACUUAACUGCAGCUUGAGAUAGGAUUUAGAGGGAGAACAAAAACAUGUUGCCACUGAUGCCUAUUUAAUUAGUCAUCCAUGUGAAAGUUAUACUCGCUGUCAGUUCACAAGUCUCUUAUAUGUAGGCCUAAACAAUGUAUUGCAUUUAGUGUAACAAUACAGGAGGGUUUUCCAUUCUAUAUUUCCUGUUUGAAUAUGCUUCAGCUGCAAGUACUCUGUAACCUUGGGGUUGAUACUAAAUCCUGCAUCUUCUAAACUAGCUAACUCAGUAGAAUUGACAAAAUUAGUGUCCAGAAAGUCAGUCUGGUAGCAUAAGUAACCCACCUCAAGGUAUCUCUAAAGACCAAUGCAUUUAUAUACUAUAUUUAAGUAAAUAUGUACAGACUUUUGUAGACUGCUUCAUUUUUUUUUUUGUCACAGUUAUGAUUUUACUGAGAAGGAUGUUUUUUCUUCCUUAGUUUUAUACUUGAAUUAUGGACCAUUUUCCUCCUAUGCACCAUGUUAUGAUUCAACGUUUGCAAACAUAAGCAAGGACGAUUCGGAUUUAAUCUACUCUACAUACGGAGAAGAGUCCAGUCUUCAAGGUUCUUGCAGGUAGAGUGAUAACACCUUAUUUUGGAUGAUUAAAGGAACACUAUAGUCACCUAAAUUACUUUAGCUAAAUAAAGCAGUUUUAGUGUAUAGAUCAUUCCCCUGCCACUUCACUGCUCAAUUCACUGUCAUUUAGGAGUUAAAUCACUUUGUUUCUGUUUAUGCAGCCCUAGCCACACCUCCCCUGGCUAUGAUUGACAGAGCCUGCAUGAAAAAAAACUGGUUUCACUUUCAAAGAGAUGUAAUUCAUCUUAAAUAAUUGUAUCUCAAUCUCUAAAUUGAACUUUAAUCACAUACAGGAGGCUCUUGCAGGGUCUAGCAAGCUAUUAACAUAGCAGGGGAUAAGAAAUUAUUAAUUAAACAGAACUUGCAAUAAAGAAAGCCUAAAUAGGGCUCUCUUUACAGGAAGUGUUUAUGGAAGGCUGUGCAAGUCACAUGCAGGGAGGUGUGACUAGGGUUCAUAAACAAAGGGAUUUAACUCCUAAAUGGCAGAGGAUUGAGCAGUGAGGCUGCAGGGGCAUGUUCUAUACACCAAAACUGCUUAAUUAAGCUAAAGUUGUUCAGGUGACUAUAGUGUCCCUUUAAAUAAAAUAACCCUUCUAAACCUUUUGAUAUAAUAUUUACUAUCCAGAGUAAAGGGCAGUGUAUGAAAUUGCUAUCAAUUUAUUUAGACUUCCUAUGUGAAUAUAAAUGUUGUUGCUAAUUAUUGUUGGGCCAAAGCUGGUAUUACUGAGAUUACAGAAGGACUGUGACUCAACAAUUCAAUAAGCAUUUUAACUGAAGCAUCGAUCAUAUCAAGUAAACUGCUUAUGGGUGGCAUUGUUCUGAAUUAUCCUAGUAUUCUAGUAAUGUAAGAAAUAAAAAAAAAAAAAAAAAUAAAAAGUGUCAACUAAUUCUUUCACAAAUAACAGAAGAGUAGCAAUCUUUUUAUGGCGUAUGAUACAGACUAACAAAUAUAGUCUGAGUCUGCCAUUGGGAAAGGUGUGCCGUUCCACCUUUGUAUUUGUGCUAUUGUUAAAAGGUCAUCUUGACCCAGUGAAAGGAAACCGCAUGGCGUUGCCCGAAGAAUUAUGUAGUACAGAGAGUUUACUUUGUAUUAUUUACUUAUCAAAAAAGCUGUCUGAUCUGUUAAGUUUUAAAAGUUAUUGUAUUUUGAUUGAGCUGGUGGCGUGUCAUUUAUAUAUUCAUUUUAAAUAUUCUAUUUUCAAGUUAAUCCUUUUUAACACAGUAAGUGUAUAAUUACAGGGUUAUUCACUUGUCCAGAAGGACAGAAUCCAAUGAAUUUAGAGUAUUCGGACUGGAAUGUCAAUUCUCAUAUCUACUAAAGGUGCCACUUAGAAAUGUAAAAAGAACAAAAAGCCCAGUAGGUGCUCUUCGUAAGAAGAAAAUAAACAUGUUUCUGAUUUCUCGUACUACGCUUGGGCAGUAGCAAUGACCAUGAUACACAUCAGUCCCAAUACAUACAAAAAAAAACAAAGAAAAGAUUUAACUGCACACUAUGCUAAAUCCCUUAUUUACAUUUAAAUAACUGGAGGUUUUAUUUUAUUUUUUUAAAUUCUUUAUUUUUGGUGCACAGGUAAAUACACAAGUACAUGCCUUGCCUUGACCGCAAAGGGAAGAGCAAUCAUAUCAACAAAAUAGAACAAGAGCAUUGUAUUUGGAAAGCAGUACGAUUAAGUGAAUAUAUCCAUAAACAAGAUAUCUUAACUAGCAUUACGCAUAUUACGCAUUUAUGAAUAUCAAGGGUGCAGCACCAGAGGAAGAGGGGAGACUGUACAAAUCAGCUUUUCUAACAGAGUACAACUAACAUCUUCUAGGUCUAGUAUUGACACUAUAUGUGAGGUCAGUAGAGAGUGUAUAUAGGCAGAGUAUUAUAUACUGGGUGUCUAUUAUUGAACCAGCUAUGUAGGAGGUAGCAGCGUAUGAGCGAGUUGUUCUGUGAUUCAUGAGCGUAAAACCUACGAGUAAUACUUGAGUAGCCAACACCAUAAAUCUACAAAAUUGUAUGUAGCAAGGAUUGUGAAUGUGUGGGUGUCUUUGGCUCCCCGAGGGAGUAAGCACCUUUGACCAAGGGGGUUUCUGGGGUGGGGGGGAGGUUGCACACCACAUGGUGGCUUACCUAGUGUGUAUGUGAGACUAGACCUAGACUGCACCCAAAGCCAAGACCUUAAAAUUGGUGGUAAAAACAACAAAUAAUAUUGGAUGUAUAAUUCAGUAACAGAACAAAAACACAAGAUAGGGAAUUCUGUGUGACAGCUUCGUCCUCUCCAGGGUCAGUCAGGUGACCAGUGGAGUCUGUGGUGAGAGCAGGUCCUGGAUCCCAUACAUGUAGGUUAUGUGGAGGUGGCAGGUGUUGGGUCACAAGGCCAAGAGUGGAGAGUAGUGUAGGUGCCUUGGUUCCAAAAGUGAGUUUGUAGACAAUUCCAUUGUGCGUGAUGAGGAGGGAUCUCGGUGUUGCCAAUCUAUAGGCCACCUCUGCAAAACAUAGUCGAUUAGUAAGUGGAUUUUGUGAUUUUUCGCCACUGAAGUGUGGCCUUGGUCAAAUAUUGGUAGAAGGACAGUUGCAUGUUUUCAAAUGACAGUGGGGUCUUACUCCUCACCGCUGCCAUGAUGUGGCCUUUGUCUUAAUAUGCGAAGCAUCAGAGGAUGAUAUCUUCAGUAAUUGGGGCGGGUUAUUGUUGGGAGGCGAAAUAGUUCAGCAAUAGUGAACUUUUUGCCCAAAGCCAAUAGUAAAAGGGUAGUCAACUUAUGUAGUGUUGUAAUUCCUCCAUAGUGAUUGCGGGUGGUACCCUGCAGAUUUUAAGAUGGUUGCGGCGGUACCGGUCUUCCUGUGCGGCCAUUUGCAAUGAUAUAGUCUGCUGGGUAGCCUGCUGUGAGAGCAUUGUUUCUUUCAUAUUGGCCAUUUCAUCACGUAUUUUCCCUAUAUCCGCCUGUGUGGCCUUCGCCCUCUGUGAUUUGCUGCAAGUUUGUUUUUAGGGAAGCCACAUCUGCAGUUAGGAGCCUGUGGAUUUCCAAUAAAGUGUUCUGCAUAUUUUGUAAGUUCUGUUUUGUAGCAGUGGCUGUACCCUCAGAGGUGUCUCUGGGUCUGCGUGCUUCCCUGUGUUGCUUGAUUGUGAAUAAGGGCCUGGCUUGGUAAGCUUUGGGUGGCCGGCACUUUCCUCUGAAGCAAAGUUCCAAUGUCCCAUUGGUUAUCUGUUGUAAUGGGCUGUGGUCUCUGAGAACGGCACCCCAUUGUUUUUUGGUUUGGGAGGACUGCAGUGUGGCUAUUUGGAGCAUCGGGGGAUCCGUUCAGGCCUGUCCUGCCAAGAAGUUCAUCAAGGUUACGGGGUGCCGGUAGGUAGUAGGCCCCAGUUCUUCGUUUCAGCUUCUGGGUGUAUAAAGAUGUCCUCUAGUGAUGCAGUGGGGGUUCACUAGACUGUGCCCAGUGUUUUGGGGUCUGAAUGGUGCAGGUGAGUUGCAGGAUUACAACCGAUUUCACUGAGUUUUGGAGCAACCAGAAAUGGCGUCAAGACCGUGUCGCUGUCAGGCUCCAUCUGCUCAUAACUGGAGAUUUUUAGUAUCACUCCAAUGGCCAUUAACCCCUUAAGGACACAACUUCUGGAAUAAAAGGGAAUCAUGACGGAAUAUUUCCGUCAUGUGUCCUUAAGGGGUUAAAGUAUAAGCUUGUCUGCCACGUUAAGGCAAAACCUCUUAGUUGAGUUUGGAUUGCCAUGGGAAAAAAGUUCAUCUAGUUUAAGGCAGAAUGGAGCAUAUUUAUGUGAAUUGCAGUGGGGAGUGGAUUGGUUCUCAAUGAGGCCAGAUCCUGUGACAUUGUGAUAGCUUGAAGCUAGGUAAUAAUUUUUUUUUUUUUUUUUUUUUAUAUUCUUUAUAUAAACACUUACAUCUGCUCUCCUGUGCAUCUCAGUAAACAACUGUUGUGGGGGAACAAGGAAAUGACCCUUCCAGAGAAGUGAAAGUUCUGCUUUAACUUUUUUGCUUUUCUGUUAAUUUGGCUGUAACUUUGCUAGUCCACAAGGCAUUGCAGCUGCUAUUUGCACAUCCCUGCUCGUAAACUCUUGCAUGUCCUUUUCACCUAGUUCUUAGAUUGAGGGGUUAUCUUUAAAUUAAUUCUCCAAUGUUCAUAUUUCUAGGCAACAGUGAUAUUUUUAUACAGCUCUAACAGUUUUGUGGCUUACAAAGGGCAACAAGGGAAAGUGGGAGUUCUACUUUGCUCAAAUCAAUGCAGGUCAAAAUGUAAUUUUGAUCUGUAAUCUCCAUAUUCUUACAGUAUUUGAUUUUUCAUUAUCAUAUAUGAUGUAUAAUCUUUUUUUUUUUAAUGCUUAUAGCAUCCAGACGUUCUUGGAGAAUACACUGGAUCGACCAUAUGGGAUGGCUGAGUCUAUCCUUGACGCCUUUACAAAUGGAGAAUAUUCAAGAGUGCAGAGAGAUCAGGACAUGGUAAGUAAAGCUCACUGCUUAAUCGCCUCUAAAUGCAGGUUGGAAUUGAUUUACUUAUAAGAAUGGGAGGGUUUGUGUAACAUUGUACCCGAUGUGUUAUUUACUGAACUGGGAAUCGGUGAUACACUGAGAAUGAAAUUGCAAAUUAUGGGACAAAAUAUACCAAUUGAAAUUGUAUCCAACUUUAGGAUUUGCAAAUUUCAGGUUAAAAUAGGUUACUGAAUAAUUAACUAUUUAUCAUUCAUUCUAGGUAACAGCAGCCACCAGGGAUUGUCCAGCUGUGACGGAUUGUAGCAGUGCCUCUGACCAGUUUGCCUAUUUAAAAUCUGUAUUUGGACCAGGUUUUUUUGAGGACCACUUUGAUUCAGUGGGUAAGGAAGCUGAUUUUUUUGCGAAGGGUGCGGAAUAUGUUGGCACUGUAUUAAGGAUUGUAAGUGUAAGGGUAUCUUUGUUCCACAGAUAUUGAUUAUUGGGAUAUACAAUAUUAAAUGUGUGUUCUUGCCUUUUCUUGCUCACUCUUUUUAGGGUCUAUUCACUAAAAAGUCAACUGAAAACCCAGUUUCAAUUUUCAAACAAAGAUCGCUGAACUGAACUUUAGUCCAAUUCAGAACAAAUCACUAUAUUAUAAUCAGUUAUUUUCCAAAGUUAAAAUUCAGAGUGAAUUUCAAGUUGAAGGUCAUAGUAACUGAUACAAAAGCAUAGCUGACUUGGAGAAUUUUUCCAUUUUGGCUAUUUUGACCUUGAAUGUAAAGUUUACAUUGACUACCAAUUUAGAAAUAUUUACUAAAAAAAAUGAAAAUUCACCCAAUGUGGUCUCAGUAGGGUUGUCAAAUUACAGAAUGCAGUUUAACCACAAGGUGUGGGGGAUCUGGAGUUUAAACAAUCCAGAACUACAUUGUGCUUUUCUUUUUUUCUUUCUUACUGAUUUGCUUUCUAGAAAGGUUUGGUGCAUUACAGAUCAUGGUGAAGUAUUUAGUAGAUGCUAGUCCAACCACCUUAUAUUAUACUUUUAACCAAUUAAUGUAGGUCAUAGAUCUUACCAGAUAUCACAGUGAUUAUUCUAACAAUCAUUGCAUUACAAUUUUAUUUUGUACACUUGGAUUUAUUUUCAAUGUAGUAUUCAGUUUUAUAUUUUUAUUCUUAAAGCUAAUUCUAUAAUUUUAGUUGUUUUUUUUGUAACUUAAUUUCUGUGUCAAUAUGUCAGUCUGUAAUUGUACUGUCCCGUUUUUUCAUGAUUGACUUUACAUAUUCCUUUGUAGAAGCAAAAUCUUUCCAGAAGAAGCUUGAUGAAACCACUAAGCUCAUUUGGGAGCUGCAGGAAGUUCAGAAUGAACGAUUGAGCAGUAAACCUCCCCAGAACAUGAUCUGUCUUCUUGCCCCAUCUUCCAAGGAAACACAGCUAGGUAUGUUGCCCAGUGUUUUAACAAGGCUUGUGUACAAAUGUGUUGGGUUUUUUUAAGCUGUCAUAUUCAGUCCAUCUGGGAUUUACCUGUGGAGUCUUAAGAUUUCACAAGUAUACUCCAGACCAAACAAUUUAAUGCCUCAAGCCUGUCAAUUCAUAAUCUAUACUGAUGUCUAAGUGUUUGUGUAUCACAAUAUUAAGCUGAGCAAAAGGAGAGGAUACUGCCGCUCUUCCAUAUAAUCCAUUGCCCAGGGUAAAAAAAAAAAAUUAAUUGCCCCUGGAGCAGCAAUGUUCCUCCUCAAGGUGUCUUUUACACGAAUGUGUCAGUGGUUUAUUUACCUCUGAGCAAGCAAAUAAAAAUGUGUCUUGAAUUUAGUACCACUGCUGUAAAAUCUACAAAUAUCUGAAAUAUAACGUAGACCAGGUGUCAGAAUUUACACUCUCCUUUGGUCACUAGAAAUUCAUCACUGGGAGAGUAUGCUAUGGACUCUGCAGGCUUGCACUGGCAAGUAACUAAUAAGACCUGGCUAGUAACGAAGGAUUUGAAAUUUCAUGGCAUGAUGUAAACAUGUAUCCUGUGUUUAUUACAUAUAGAUAUAAUAUAGGGUAAAAUCAAAGCGGCUCUGUCACAGUAUUUCCCCUUUGUUUCUUAAUGAUUACAUUUUGCCACUUGCCUUUGUUUACAAUCUUUUUCUUGCUUGUGCCGGAUCUCAUUACAUUGACGUCUCCAUUUUCUUCUCCUUUGCCUGUGAAAUGUGCAGUUUGUCUUUCUGCUGUAUUCUUUUGACUGAUGGAUUGUGGGUAAAUUCACUUAGGAACUAAAGUGGAUCUUUGCUUAAUCUGUGCCCAGUGCCAAAAAUCAUGCUGUCCAUAACAAAACAUAAACCCUGCAUUUUCUUAUGUAUUGUUAAAAAGUAAAGUGAAUUUUAAAAAAUAAAUAGAGCAGCUUUAAGACUCUUACUUACCUUUUUCUUUCUUUUAAAGCUGAGAGUGUAAAUGAGAAUUUGAGACAACUAGCACGGCAAGUGCAACCUGGAGAUAUUGUCAGUAUUGCAGGUAUCCGGAAAGCUAUGGGUAUUUCUGACAUUUUGCUGAGGACAGAAGAGGCAGUGGUGGAUUUGACAGGUAUGUUUCUCCUCCCCAAUAUUCUCAGACAUCUGUGGUUUAAAAUAGAGCUGUCCUCAAAACGUUUACAGCUUAUUUCAUUGAAUUUAUGCAAAUAUAUAUUUUUAUAAUUUCCUCUGCAAUACAAAAGUUUUCUGAAUCCACACACAUUUGAUCUUUCCCCUACACUUUUUCCCCUACAACUCUCUUGUUUUACACACCCAUACAAGCUAAAAUUGUAUACAAUAUUGUUUUGAGAAGGCUAAAGUUUGUCUCAGGGGAAAGGACACCAUCAAGCACAUGUUAGAAAAUCAAUGGCCUUUAAAAAAAUCACAAAGAUGCUUAAAGGGGACACUAUAGUUUUCAAAACAAUGCUUAAUGAAGCAGUUUUGGCAGAUCAAUCAUGUGGUUACAGUCUAACUGCUCAGGUCUCUGCCAUUUAGGUGUUAAAUCAUUUUGUUUAUACAGCUUUAGUCACACAUUCCUGCAUGCAUCCCUGUGACUUACACAGCCUUCCUAAACACUUCAUAGUAAGAGUCAUCUAAUGCUUACACUUAUUGCAAAUUUGUUUUAAUUUAAAAAUUUUUAUCUCCUGCUCUGUUAAUAACUUGCUAGACCCUACAUGAGCCUCCUGUGUAUAAUUAAAGCUCAAUUUACAGAGCAGGAGAUGAAAACUUUUAAAGUAAAUUACAUCAGAUUGAAAAUGUAAACAUUUUCAUUUUCAUGCAGGCUGUCACACUCAGGGGAGGUGUGGCUGGGGCUACACAAACAGAAAUUAAAGUGAUUUAAGUGAAUAAUAAAUAGCACUGAAUUAAGCAGCGAUACUUCAGAUCAGAGGCGUAACUAGAAACCACAGGACCCUGGUUAAAAAAAAAAAAAAGCUCUCUCCCCAACCCCCCGCUACUCCCUCCCAUACGUACCACCUUCCCCCCUCCACCACCACCUAGACAGACAUACAUACAAACCCACACAUAUACAAAAUUAGUCACCCUACUAUUUCCUACCUUUUAGAUGCAGGACUUCCCUGUGGUUCAAUGGUGGCUCAGGCUGAUGGGAGUUAGAGUUGCCACUCUGACUCCCUCCUCUCCUUGCUCCCAGUGGUUGUUGGGAGGAGUGACCAGGGCAGUCACUUCCUCCCAGCGUCUGAUGUAACCACAGGGGUCGCAGCUGCGACAGGGCCCGUCACUCAAGGAGGCCCGGCCACCCUGUGGACCCCUGCGACUGGGUGUCCGCUGCCACGUGUUGCGGCCGCAUUGAAGGAGCCCAUUGGGUGGCCCAUGCUGUUGGGGCCACCAGAUGGCAAUGAAUUUCCAGGGGGCCCGGUCAGCGCAGCGGCCCUAGCGUCCGCGGUAGUUCCACCACUGCUUCAGAUUCAUAAUCUAUGCACAAAUGCAGCUUUAUUAAGCUAAAGUUUUGGUGACUAUAGUGUCCCUUUAAUUGAUCCUUACAUUUCAAAUUUCCCUAUAUAUAAAAGCUAAUAUUAUUCAUUAAUAUUUAAUAAUAAUUAUUAUUUAAUAAUUCUAUUCUCUAGACAAACCUACCACUGAAGCCUUUACUGAAAAUGGAACAGAAUGUCAACUAGUUGGAACGUAAAGCCACUUAAUGUCUUGUAAAUGAAUGUAAACCAAAUGUUUUAAUGCUAAUAAACCUGAAUCUUGUGUUUUUUCACAAAA